GAGGUUAAGUCAUAUCAGGUGAUAAUGGAAAUAGAAAAUAGUAAAUACUCAUCGAAAAGAGCUAAGAAAACCGUUAAAUUGUGUCAAUUUCUUUCCAUUUCGAACUAUUAGCGUAUUCAAAUACUACCAUGUUUUAAGAGAACAAAAUCAGUGUCUUGGUUAAAAGGCCUGCACUCAUGUUACAAGUUUAUAAGUGUUUGUCAAGUGUUAAUUUGUGAAUCAUUCACUUCUCCAACUAGAAAAAGAUAACUAUGCCAAUCCCUCUUGAUCGAUCCAGAUAGUUUAGAGUCUACGAACUUGGUCUAUUCACUAAAAUUUAAAUAUAAUGUGCAUUUUUUGUCUGUGAUAAUGCUUCUCAUCCAACUCUUUAAAAUUUUACUGUUCUUGUUUGCUGUCAACGUUGAAGGCCUCAUUCACAAGUAUGUUAAACACUAUAACACCCUCCAUAUCUCUGAAUUAUCUCAUCAUAUCGUCAAAAGAGGGCUGAAAGAAAGUUCUCAUCCAUUUAAUAAAAUCAAGGAAGUGAAAUUCAGAACUCUUGGAAGGGAUUUUCGCUUGAUUCUUACUCCCAAAAGGGAUGUUUUGCAUUCAAAAUUUGAAGCAAUUAGUGUUGAUAGCGAAGGGAAAGAAACUCCCGUUCCUGUCGACCAUGAGAAUUUCUAUUCUGGAAGGCUAUUUGGAGAAACAUCAUCACAUGCAAGUGUACACUUGGAAGAUGGGCUCAUGACAGCCUCUAUUCAUUUGCCUGAUGAAACCUAUCAUAUAGAGCCAUCAUGGCGUCACCUACCUCAUCUAGACAAUCAAACAAUGAUAACCUACAGAGCAUCAGAUGUGGAUCUGAGUCGAGGUGAAAAUAGUGGAACAGAAAGAAAGCCAUGCAGUUUUAUAAAGGAAGGAACUGAGCUAGAAACAGAUGAAGAUGAUCUAGAGUUGGAUGAAGAUAGUAAUUUUUAUGAAAAUGAUGGACCAAGAGUCCGAGCCAAAAGGCAUUUGACUCAGUACGAAUACAUGCCAGCUAAAACCCGUUGUCCACUGCUUUUGGUAGCAGAUUAUAGAUUUUUCCAAGAAAUGGGUGGCAGUAACAUUAAAACUACAAUAAAUUACCUUAUAAGCUUAAUAGACCGGGUACACAAAAUUUAUAACGAUACCAUCUGGCAAGACCGUCAAGAUCAAGAGGGCUUCAAAGGAAUGGGAUUUGUAAUUAAGAAAAUAGUUGUUCACAGUGAGCCAACAAGAGUACGUGGUGGAGAGGCACACUACAACAUGGUGCGAGAGAAGUGGGAUGUCCGCAACUUAUUAGAGGUAUUUGCCAGCCUAAUUGAUGGAAAAACUUUUUGUUUGGGGCACUUGUUUACCCAUCAAACAUUUGUUGCAAGAGAUGCGACUGUCCUUGGAUUAGCUUACAUUGCAUCUUCACGAUCCUAUUCAGUUGGAGGGAUUUGCACCCAGGAGUAUUUCAAGAAUGGCUACACAUUAUACUUAAACUCAGGACUAAGCUCCAGCCGCAACCACUAUGGGCAAAGAGUUAUCACACGUGAGGCUGAUCUAGUGACUGCGCAUGAAUUUGGUCACAACUGGGGCUCUGAACAUGAUCCUGAUAUUCCAGAAUGUUCUCCAAGUGCCAGUCAAGGUGGCUCUUUCCUCAUGUACACUUACAGUGUCAGCGGUUAUGAUGUCAAUAACAAGAAAUUCUCACCGUGCAGUCUGAGAUCCAUCAGGAAAGUUCUACAAGCAAAGUCCGAUAAGUGCUUUUCCAUACCCGAAGAAUCAUUUUGUGGAAAUCUACGAGUUGAAGGGGAUGAAGAAUGUGACGCCGGAUUGUUAGGAUCUGAAGAUAAUGAUGCUUGCUGUGAUAAAUCAUGUCGACUGCGAAGAUCAGAUGGUGCUGUUUGCAGUGAUAAAAACUCUCCCUGCUGUCAACAUUGCCAGUUCAUGCCUGAAAGCACAAAAUGUAGGGAAGCGCAACAUGCCACUUGUGAAAAAGAAUCACGUUGCACCGGUAACUCUCCAGAGUGUCCUCGAUCUCCUUUCAUGGCUGACGGCACCAAAUGCCUGGAGAAAGGUCAAUGCCGUGCAGGCAAAUGCAUACCAUUCUGUGAAACGCUGAACCUUCAAAGUUGCAUGUGUGAUAUUAUUGCUGAUGCAUGCAGAAGGUGCUGUCGCAAAACAUUAAAUGACACUUGCUUUCCAGUUGAUCCCACAGAUAUUUUGCCUGACGGCACGCCUUGUAUUCAAGGAUUCUGUAAUAAGGGUGUCUGUGAAAAAACAGUUCAAGAUGUAGUAGAAAGAUUCUGGGACAUCAUUGAAGAUAUCAACAUCAGCAAGUUGCUCGUAUUUUUACGAGAUAACAUCGUUGGCACCGUUGUUCUCAUCUCAGCCCUUAUAUGGAUUCCUGCCAGCUGUCUAGUCAAUUAUGUAGAUAAACGCCGUCUUUAUUACAAAUCGCCAAAAAAAGAGUAUCAAGUACCAGAAAGAGUGCCUAUGGAAGACUCAAAUAGAUUCCAUGAUUUAGAUUCUCGAAAACGUGUCAUCAAUGUUAAAGUUGGACACCCUUCCUUCCAAAAAACAUGAGUUUAAGUUUUCUCGGACCAUGAAAUUGGAGGUUGCUCUAACCUUUUGAAGCUCAAUGAGAUACCUCAUUAUAGCAGCAAAAGUUAUCAUCUGUUUUACCCUUUUCUCUGUCUCAUACCGGAUUCCAGGGAUUUAUGUAGCAAUCAUUUGCACUUAAGAAAACUCGCACAGUGAAGUUCACCGUUUUGACCAGCCUAAACUGUCUGUAGUAAAUCCAUUAAUUACAAGACGAAUUAUUCAUCGAUGAGUGAGACCUGACACAACAGAGGAAAACAGUUUUAGUAUAGAAAGGAUUUUGUGAAACAAAAAACAUUCUGGUCUAGAACCCAAUGUAUGCUAUUCAAAUUAUGCUUUUGUUGCAUAAUUUUUUGUUCAUUUUGUAAGACAAAAAUUCUGUAUGAGAAUACUCAGCUCAUUAUCCUAUCAAUUCUCAAUCGACAUUGUUCAGGUGCCCAAGUCACUAUUUGUAAUACUCAUAGUUCAUGGCAACGGAAGGUCAGUUCCAUUUUACAGCAUCAUACUUUGGUGAUUGGUGUGAAAAGAUGGGAAAAAUCAAGAACAUUUGUCCGAAUACCAAAUUCUCACAUGAAUAUUAGUUUGAUUGAAAUAGGCAUUAAUGGUUAAAUGUGAAAAAUGCAAGUCUCAAUUGCAUCGUAUAAAAAUCUCAGAUGGGGCAUUAUUUAUGACCGCUGGCUUCAUAGGAGCCUAGCUACAUGAGUGACUGCACCCUGCUGUAAACGAUUGGUUUUGCUGGUAAUGUAUCCAAAAAUCGAAACUUGAGCAAAAACUUGAAGCGUCGCAAUCUGAGGCACGCAUUUUUUAACUUUAGCCACCAACUUGGCAAGUAUGGGGAUGAAUGAUAUUUUUCCAUCCCAUGGUUUCCUCCACCCACCUAUCAUCACAUAUUUAUAAGACUGCAUUAGUUUUCAUAUGCCUUGCUGAUUUGGUAAGGAACAAUUCCUAAUGUGGCAGGUGAUGUUAUGUACUAUGAUGUUCAGUAGUUCUCAAUCAAUCAGUGACCUACAAAUUUGGUGUUCGGAGCAAUGUUUUUGAUUGACUAAUACACAAGAAGCGAUCUUUAAAUCAGAAUUCAAUGAUAUGAGAUAUUGAUGCAUCAUAAGUAGCUUUUGGUUGUUUAUUUUGUGUUCCAAAAAGUAUUCAAUACUUCUCUGGUCCUGUGUCUUGCAUUUAUUGUAACUUUUCAGCAUUCCUACAUCGUUUGGAUUCUUACAUCAACAGAAUUCAGACAUUCUCAAGUUUUGAAGUAAGACAUAAGAUUUACUUAUUAAUUACCCUACAAAUGGACAACAAUUAGGUAUUUUUACUUGUUUGCUAUUGUAAGAAAAGUGUUCAAAUCUCCAUUUUAAUUCUAGCUUGUUAAAUGUUCUUGUUAUUUUUUGCAUUCUAUUUCAAAAGACUGGAGAUUUUAGCAAAUUAUUUUUCCGAUUCCGCAAGGGAUGCUUAAAUCAUCUCUAAAAAGUGGGGUGUUACUUUGAAAAAUUUGAGUUUUUGGCCCUUCAGUAUAGACACGGCAGGUGCCUAGUCCAAAAAUGCAUGGCUCUUUCUUUUCUUUCCUAAUUGAUAGAAAAGGAGCAUUAUGAAAGCAGACAAAA